AUGGAUGGAGCAGAUGAUAAAAAUGUUCGGUCGACAAAUGAAGGAAACGUAGGCCCAGGUGGUUUAUUGUUAUCUGAUGGACCCGCAGUUUCAUCAACAUUAGGUGAUCAAUCGGGUACAAGUAGCGGUGUCAAUCCAACCUACCAUGAGACAGAUGUGUUUAGUGAGAAAAUUCCUCUUGAGCAACAACAAAAUUUAGAGCACAUUAAAGAGCAGAUAGACACACUUCCAACCCAACCAGAAAAAUCAAGUACAAAGAAAUAA